AAAUCUCACUUCCUAUACUGAUUUGUCGUGCUGGCCCCUCAAGAUAACCCAAGGAUCUAUCGUCACGAUACGCACGCAGCUCUCCUGAUACAAGUACUGGCUGUAUCAUUGCCCUCUAAAGGACUGUGCGCUAUCCUUUCCAGCAUGCUUAGCUCGUCCAGAGCUUACGACAGCGUGUGGAAUGCUAUAUUCAAGGACGAAGACUGGCUAAAGAGCGACAGCGCGAAAGACACAGACAUAGUUUUGAUUGGCGCUGAUCUAGAUAUCCUGAGCGGCAGUACGACGAACGGAGCACGACCUCACCUUAUGCUUGCUGCUUUUGACCGCCACGGCGACCUCCAGUACGAAGAUGACCUCCUUCGCUCAAGCCUACGGGGGAGUUCCCUUGGCUUGGAAGAACAUCAGCUUGAGUAUCAGCUUGAGCAGCUCACCCUUGCCGUAAGCAGGCUAGAUGUACCUGAGGUUCUGGGACAGGACUUUUGUUACUUGUUCUCUCGUAGGGAGCAAGGGAUACAAACAAAGUAUUGUUACUGGAGAGAUCCAGAAAAAAAGAUUAGAAAUUUAUGCCCGCAGGACAUCCGAGGGAUUGACGGUCCAAUUACGCAGAUUCAAAAUCUUUGGCCUAUAUUCCUUCUGAACCUGAAUCUCCUAGCAGCAACCCUCUGCAGUUUAUAUUCAGAUGUUUCGGGGGACCGAGCUUUCAGACUGGUCGCCCGCCGCUUGUUGAUGUUGUGCUGAGCGGAGGAUGGAAGAAUAGGCCGUGGGGGUAUACGUUUGAAGGCUUCACUUUUAAGGACGAGAGUUAUAGGCAAUGCCACCGUCAAGAUACCGACUGGGCUGAUGUGGCAAAAGUUGAGUCUGGACAGGACUGUUCUAUAAUUGAAACUUUGUAAAGAACGUCCGUCAGACCUCGAUCAAUCAAGAAUGCUUGCAGUGCGUUGCCGUAGAGUCCAACUUGCACGUUGAUGUCGGCGUUGCUGUCGAGCAGCAUCUUGACUACCUGCUCGUGGC